UGAGUGACGUGCGGCCGCCAUCUUCCUGUCCCGGGCAGCCAGCGCCAGUCGGAGCCAGCGCGAGCCGCCGCCAUCACUGCCGCUGCCAAGUCCUCCGCCCGCUGCCCCCGCCAUGUCGGCCACCGCUGCCACCGCACCCCCUGCCGCCCCGGCUGGGGAGGGAGGCCCCCCUGCACCCCCUCCAAACCUCACCAGUAACAGGAGACUGCAGCAGACCCAGGCCCAGGUGGAUGAGGUGGUGGACAUCAUGAGGGUGAACGUGGACAAGGUCCUGGAGCGGGACCAGAAGCUGUCGGAGCUGGACGACCGUGCAGACGCACUCCAAGCAGGGGCCUCCCAGUUUGAAACAAGUGCAGCCAAGCUCAAGCGCAAAUACUGGUGGAAAAACCUCAAGAUGAUGAUCAUCUUGGGAGUGAUUUGCGCCAUCAUCCUCAUUAUCAUCAUCGUUUACUUCAGCUCUUAAACCCCUGAGGAGCCUGCCCUGCCCAGAGAAGGGCCUCUCCCCCCCACCCCCAGCUGCUCCUCCACCUCUCAGCCAUAUCUUCCAGCCCCACCUCCCCGGAUCCGUGUGUGUGUGUGUCGUGUGUGUGCCCCCUUGUAAAUAGCCAGCUGUUAUUUAUACAUAUAUAAUAUUAUAUAUAUUUGGUCUGUUUGUAGUUUUA